UCAAAUUGUGAACAAAGUUCGUCUUGUCGCUUAUACCGGCCUCAAGUUGUGAACAAGAGAAGGUAAAUUGGAGUCUCACCCAAUUAGCCACGAAGAAUGAAUAACGUUAACUCUGUGUUCUACGCUGAAGCUUAUCAUCCGAUCCAAGCAGGAAGCAUUGAUGGAACCGACACUCUGCCUCAUGAUAACGCCGUUUACAGGGCUCUUCUUUGUUCGAAUGCUGGCCUCUACGACCCCUUUGGCGACCCGAAAGUUAUUGGUGACCCUUAUUGCACUCUCUUUGUGGGCCGUCUCUCUCACCUCACCACUGAAGACACUCUCCGCCAGGCAAUGAGCAGAUAUGGAAGGGUCAAGAACUUGCGGCUGGUCAGACAUAUAGUAACGGGUGCCUCACGUGGCUAUGGCUUUGUCGAAUUUGAAACAGAGAGGGAGAUGCAUCGAGCAUACAAGGAUGCUCAUCAUACCAUCAUUGAUGAUUCUGAGAUUAUAGUUGAUUACAAUAGGCAGCAACUGAUGCCAGGUUGGAUCCCGAGAAGGCUAGGAGGUGGUCUUGGCGGCAAGAAAGAAUCAGGACAACUUCGGUUCGGAGGACGAGAAAGGCCAUUUCGAGCUCCACUGUAUGUUCACCUUUACUUGUUCAGUUUUUAAUUUUUAUAUUAGUUAGUAUUCGGUUUAAUAGUCGUGAUGUAGAUUUUGUACUUCUACUUUCCAAGGGAAAGGAAAAUUUUUAGCAGCUAUUUCACUAGUCUUUUAAAUGCCUUGGGGUACUGUUGUUUCGCAUCAGAUGUGUCGGGUUCUAGCCUCCAACAAAAGCAGUCUGUGCGAAACAAAAUGACAGGCCCCCAACGCUUGAAAGAUGGGUGAAUUAGAAUAUAACUCCCUGUGUUAACACCAAGAAGCAAUCUAUGUUAAAGACUCGACCAAGAUGCAUUCUGAACUUCCAUAAAUUAUUUGUUACGA